AUUUGCAGAAUAUUUCAAUCAAAUUUCAAAAAUGUUGACGUGUCUCACACGAACAAUUCUCUAAUUUUAUUUCUUUUUUAAUUUUCUCUCUCUUCGUCUUCCGUUUCGUAUGUCUUUGCCCAUUUGUUUUGUGUUUGAGGGCGGGAACUUCACACAACUUUGCCCCUAAUUUAACCCCCUUUCUCUCUCCUCUAGGGUUUAUUCAACUUCCAAUUUCCCCCAAUUUAACUUGCAAUUCCACUGGAAAACUGUCGAAUUCUAGGGUUUUUGAUGUUUUGAGGAAAUUGUGGAGUUAAUUGUGAAGUAUUUUGUUGAAAUUUAAGGAUUACAAAUGAGUAGUAUUCGAAAAGGCGCAAAUGUCUGGGUUGAAGAUAAGGAUUUGGCUUGGAUUCCAGCUGAAGUCAUUGAUUUUAUUGGAAAGGAUGUUCAAGUUCUUACUUCUUCUGGAAAGAAGGUUCUAUCUUCCCCAGAAAAGUUACUUUUAAGGGAUCCAGAUGCUGAUCUUGGUGGAGUCGAUGACAUGACCAAAUUGACGUACUUAAAUGAGCCUGGAGUUCUAUAUAAUCUAGAGAGAAGAUAUGCAUUAGACACUAUAUAUACUUACACAGGAAGCAUUUUGAUUGCCGUGAAUCCUUUCACUAAACUUCCACAUCUUUAUAAUGUGCACAUGAUGGAACAAUAUAAAGGAGCGCCGUUUGGUGAGCUGGAUCCCCAUGUCUUUGCAGUGGCUGAUGCAGCAUAUAGAGCAAUGAUUAAUGAGCAUAGGAGCCAGUCUAUAUUGGUCAGUGGAGAAAGCGGGGCUGGGAAAACAGAGACGACAAAACUAAUCAUGCAGUAUCUUGCUUAUAUGGGAGGCCGUGCUUCUAAUGGUGAAAGAUCAGUUGAGCAGCAAGUUCUAGAAUCGAAUCCACUCUUGGAGGCAUUUGGUAAUGCAAGGACUGUGAGAAAUGAUAACUCAAGUCGUUUUGGCAAAUUUGUUGAGAUACAAUUUGACGAUAAUGGUAGAAUAUCUGGUGCUGCAAUUAGAACCUAUCUUUUAGAGCGGUCUCGUGUUGUUCAAAUUACAGAUCCUGAAAGGAAUUAUCACUGCUUUUACCAACUUUGCGCAUCUAGAGAGGAUUCUGAAAAGUACAAGCUGGAAGAUCCAAGGCAAUUUCACUAUUUAAAUCAAAGUAAAAUAUAUGAGCUAGAGGGGGUUAGCAAUAGAGUUGAAUACAUGAAAACGCGAAGGGCAAUGACCAUUGUUGGUAUAAGCGAGGAUGAACAGGAAGCAAUAUUUCGUGCAUUGGCUGCUAUUCUGCAUUUGGGUAAUGUAGAAUUUUCUCCUGGAAAAGAGCACGACUCUUCAAUAAUAAAGGACCAGACAUCUAGCUUGCAUCUUCAGAUGGCUGCUGACCUCUUUCAGUGUGAUGUUAAUCUUUUGCUGGCAUCACUUUGUACACGAUCGAUUCAAACUCGUGAGGGAGCCAUUAUCAAAGCCUUGGAUUGUAAUGCUGCUUUGGCUAGUCGUGAUGCUUUGGCUAAGACUGUUUAUUCUCGUCUGUUUGAUUGGCUUGUUGAGAAGAUUAAUAGUUCUAUUGGGCAAGAUUCGAGUUCUCGUAUACAAAUUGGACUCUUGGAUAUUUAUGGCUUCGAAUGUUUUAAGCAUAACAGUUUUGAGCAGUUCUGUAUCAAUUUUGCAAACGAAAAGCUCCAACAACAUUUUAAUGAGCAUGUAUUUAAGAUGGAGCAGGAAGAGUAUAAUAGAGAAGAGAUUAAUUGGAGCUACAUUGAGUUUGUUGAUAAUCAGGAUGUUCUUGACUUAAUUGAGAAGAAACCAAUUGGGAUAAUUGCUCUUCUGGAUGAAGCUUGCAUGUUUCCUAAAUCAACACAUAAUACAUUUACUACCAAGCUAUUCCAAAAUUUCCAGUCACACCCAAGGUUGGAGAAGGCAAAGUUCUCACGUACGGAUUUUACCGUCUCUCAUUAUGCUGGCAAGGUUACGUAUCAAACUGAAAAGUUUAUUGACAAAAAUCGUGACUAUGUGGUUGUGGAGCACUGUCAUGUUUUAUCCUCCUCAAAGUGUCAAUUGAUUGCCGGUCUUUUUCCUUCUAUAUCCGAGGAGACAACACGUUCAUCAUACAAGUUUUCUUCUGUAUCCUCGAGAUUUAAGCAACAACUUCAAGCGCUGAUGGAGACUUUAAACUGUACGGAACCUCACUAUGUCCGUUGUAUCAAGCCAAACUCGUUAAAUCGACCCAGUAUAUUUGAGAAUCGAAGUAUAUUACACCAAUUGCGCUGUGGGGGUGUCUUGGAAGCAGUGCGGAUAAGUCUUGCUGGUUAUCCAACUCGAAGGACUUAUGCUGAGUUUGUUGAUCGCUUUGGUCUUCUAGUUCCGGAAGUUAUGGAUGGAAGCUAUGAUGAAAAGACCAUAUCCCUCAAAAUCCUUCAGAAGUUGAAGCUUGAAAAUUUCCAACUGGGGAAGUCAAAAGUUUUUCUUCGAGCAGGUCAGAUUGGUGUACUAGAUGCCCGAAGGACUGAGGUCUUAGAUUCUGCUGCCAGGCUUGUACAGGGUCGUUUUAAAACGUACAUAGCACACAAAGAUUUCAUUUCCACUCGAGCUGCUGCAUUAUCUGUCCAAGCAUAUUGCAGAGGCUGUCUUGUGAGAAGAAUGUAUGCUGAAAAACGGGAGACACUUGCUGCUAUCUACUUGCAGAAAUAUGUGCGUGGAUGGCUAUCAAGAAUCGCCUACUUACAGCUGUACAGCUCGGCUAUCGUGCUUCAAUCUUGCAUACGUGGGCUCUCAGCUCGACAAAGAUUUAUGUUAGGGAAGGAACAUAGAGCUGCAAUCCUCAUUCAGGCGCGAUGGAGAAUGUUCAAAGUCCGAUCAGCUUUCUGUCAACAUCAGAAAUCAAUUGUUGUAGUACAGAGUCUUUGGAGGCGUAAAAUGGCAAGGCAUAUGCUUAGAAGGCUCAAGCAAGAGGCCAAUGAAGCUGGUGCCUUGCGCAAGGCAAAGACUAAACUUGAAAAGCAACUUGAAGAUCUUACCCUGAGGUUGCAUUUGGAGAAGAGACUACGGGUUUCAGUUGAAGAGGCAAAGGUGGCUGAAAUAACAAAACAGCAGAGGGUUAUAGAAGCUUUAAAUCUAGAGUUAGAGGAAGCUAAGUCACAGACCGUUAAACAGGGUAGUAAAAAUGCGCAGCGUCAAAGUGACUUGGAAUUUUCAAUGAAAGAAAAAUAUGAGCUGCAAAAGCAACUUCAGGACAUGGAAGAUUUCAAGAAGGAAAAUGCAAUUUUGCGGAGCUCUUUAGAAAAUUUGGAAAAGAAGAAUUUAUUAUUGGAGACUCAGCUGGCUAGUGCUCAGAAAGAGAAUAGUCAUACCAUGCAAAAGUUGCGUGAUGUUGAACAAAAGUGUGAACAACUGCAACAAAACUUGCGAAGUAUGGAGGACAAGGUGUCAAAUUUGGAGAAUGAAAAUCUUGUGUUGCGGCAAAAAGCACUGAACAUGUCCCCGAAGAGAAAUCGACCAGGUUUUGUGAAAUCAUUUUCUGAUAUGUACUCAAGUGCAUUGAGUCUUCCAUAUCAGGAAAAGAAACCCAUCUAUGAGACACCCACACCAACAAAACAUAUUUCAAUUACUCCAGGACUAUCAGAGUCACGUUGGUCAAAACAAACUGUUGAAAAGCACCAGGAAAAUUAUGAAUUCCUCUCUAAAUGCAUCAAAGAAAAUAUGGGAUUCCAAGAUAAUAAACCUGUGGCUGCUUGUGUCAUCUAUAAAUGUCUUCUUCACUGGCACGCCUUUGAAUCAGAGAGGACAGCCAUAUUUGACCAUAUUAUUGAGGGCAUCAAUAAUGCCUUGAAGGUUGGGGAUGAGAAUGACACAUUACCCUAUUGGCUAUCUAAUGUAUCCGCACUUUUAUGCAUCCUUCAGAGGUGUUUAAGGUCAAAUAGUUUCUUGAAUUCAGCUUCCAAUCGAGCUGCUGGAUCUGCUGGUAUAAGUGGAAGGUUUGCACAAGGUAUGAAGACUCCCCUGAAGCUUAUUGGGUUUGAUGAUGGUGUAUCGCACAUUGAAGCAAGAUAUCCAGCGAUCCUGUUUAAGCAACAGUUGACUGCGUCUGUUGAGAAGAUAUUUGGCUUGAUUCGUGAUAAUUUGAAGAAAGAAAUAUCUCCUUUGUUAGGAGUUUGCAUACAUGCUCCAAAAACUGCACGAGGUGGAAAGUCAUCCAGAUCACCUGGAGGUGUACCACAGCAGCUGACGAGUAAUCAAUGGGAUAGCAUCAUCCAAUUCUUGGAUUCCCUCAUGAGUCAUUUACAUAAAAAUCAUGUACCCUCCUUUUUUAUCCGCAAGCUCAUUACCCAGGUUUUCUCUUUUAUCAACAUUAAUCUCUUCAAUAGUCUACUACUGCGACGUGAAUGCUGCACUUUUUCGAAUGGUGAAUAUGUAAAAUCUGGUUUGGCUGAACUAGAAAAAUGGAUUGCAUGUGUGACAGAUGAGUUUGCUGGGACUGCCUGGCAUGAGCUGAACUAUAUCAGACAAGCCGUUGGUUUCCUGGUAAUACAUCAAAAGAGGAAGAAGUCUUUGGAAGAGAUUAAGCAGGAUUUAUGCCCAGCCUUAACUGUAAGACAAAUCUAUAGAAUAAGCACUAUGUACUGGGAUGAUAAAUAUGGCACCCAAAGUGUUUCCAAUGAGGUGGUGGCUCAAAUGAGGGAGAUGUUGAAUAAAGAUAACCAGAAUCUAGCUACAAACUCAUUCUUGCUGGAUGAUGAUUUAAGCAUACCCUUUUCUACCGAAGAUAUAUCAAAAGCCAUCCCAGCUACAGAUCCAAUGGAUGUCAAAAUCCCAGCCUGCCUAUCAAAUGUUCCUGCUGCUAAGUUCUUACUCGAUGGUACUACAGAAACUUGUUUGACACCUCUUGCUGCUGCUUGAGUCAACAGCGUUACUUUCUGAGGUAUGAUCUAGUUCUGUAUUCAGAGCUCACGGCACCUAUUCUUGUACAACUUUGUACAUGGAAGACAACAGGGAAGACACUUACUCGGGAUAAAUCAUAACAAGAUAAUGGUACAUCAUUGGCAAAUCCUUUCUUCCGUGGUCUUCCAUAGCAAAGUCCUAUUUUGUAAAGGGGGAAAGGGUUUGCAGGUUUGGGCGAAGUAAAUUUGUGUUGGGAAUUGUCAAUAUUGUGAUGCUUAUUUCGGUUCCACAUAGUGAAAAUCAAGGUUGACCGUAGUUUUUAUCAUGGCUGGCCUUAUAAAUGAUGUAGUAUCUAGUGUUCAUACAUCAGAUCUGUAAUUUACUUGUCAUUUGUCUGUACAUAUACGUAGGUAUUGCAGGCGCAUUACUUUGUAGAAGAAUAGGUGUAUGAUUCUAAUGUAAAUAUUGGCAUAUUCAAUAUCAGGGAAGUUCGGAUAUGCUUGGUACUAAUGAAGCUUCAUUUCAGCUCCUGAUGAAUAAAAAGACGUUAUUAAACCUCACUAGGUUGUAUGAAAUAGGAUCUUACUUGCAUUCUUUCAUUUACACCAUGUUUUGGUCUCUGAGCUUGUAACUUGUUCAGUAGAACCUGUUUGUGCACAUAAUCUACUGUAAUAAAAAUCCUAGAAGCGACUAAGGUUGAUGAUGCUUUGUUAGCAUUAUUUGAAGUUGUUUGUACUAGAAAUAUAUCCGUUCUUGGUUCUACAUUCA